CCGGCGGCCCCCCGGCUGGCUUGGCGGGGCGACCCUGAAGGCCCUCGAACACCAUGGCGGCCGCCCUGGGAGCGGGCGGAGGAGCCGGCGCCGGAGAUGAUGACUUCGACCAGUUUGAUAAGCCUGGCGCAGAGCGAUCUUGGAGAAGAAGAGCCGCUGACGAGGACUGGGACAGCGAACUUGAAGAUGACUUACUUGGAGAAGAUUUGUUGUCUGGCAAAAAGAACCAGUCGGAUUUGUCGGACGAAGAGCUGAACGAUGACCUCUUGCAGAGUGACAAUGAGGACGAGGCGAACUUCAGUUCUCAGGGUGUCACAAUUAGUUUAAAUACCACGUCGGGCAUGGUCACGUCGUUCGAACUGUCUGACAACACCAACGACCAGUCUGGAGAGCAGGAGUCCGAGUACGAACAGGGAGAGGACGAACUUGUCUACCACAAAUCUGACGGCUCCGAACUGUACGCUCACGACUACGCAGAAGAAGGGCAGUACGAAGGCCAGGACGCCGAGCUGCCGGACGACCACAUGCAGUAUGUGGAGGAGCCCGAGGAGGCGCAGCUGUACAGCGACGAAGUGCUGGACAUCGAGAUCAAUGAGCCUUUAGAUGAGUUCACAGGAGGUAUGGAAACUUUGGAACUGCAGAAGGACAUAAAAGAAGAAUCAGAUGAAGAAGAUGAUGAUGAUGAAGAAUCUGGACGGUUACGUUUCAAAACUGAAAGGAAAGAAGGAACAAUUAUUAGGCUCUCCGAUGUAACUAGAGAGAGAAGGAACAUUCCAGAAACUUUGGAGCUUUCAGCAGAAGCCAAAGCUGCGUUGCUGGAAUUCGAAGAAAGAGAGCGACAGCACAAGCAGGGGCGCUAUGGUUCGAGGCGGGGCGGAAGGAGAGGAGGCUCCGUGGUGUGUCGUGGAAUGGGAGACCAGAGGAGAGACAACAGCGAGCGGGCGAGAAUAAAAGAUCACAGACCGGCGCUGCUUCCGACGCAGCCUCCCGGCAUGCCUCAGCCGCCGCCGCCGCCGCCGCCGCCGCCGCCGCAGCCCAUCCGAAGUCUGUUCCAGCAGCAGCAGCUGCAGCCUCUGCUGCCCCUGCAGCACGCGCACCACGCCUCGCCCCCCCAGGGCGUGCACAUGCCGCCCCAGAUAGAGGCCCCGAGGGUGAUGAUGACCCCGCCCCCCGUGACCCCCCAGCAGCCCAAGAACAUACACAUAAACCCCCACUUCAAAGGGGCGGUGGUGACGCCCGUCCAAGUGCCCUUGCUGCCAGUCCCGAGCCAGCCGAGACCUGCUGUGGGGCCGCAGAGAUUCCCAGGGCCUCCAGAGUUCCCGCAGCACACACCUGGGCCCGUUCCCAGCAGUUUCAGCCAGCCCCCCCGACUUCCCCUCCAGGACCAGUGGAGGGCCCCGCCGCCGCCGCCGCAGGAGCGAGACCCUUUCUUCUUAGGAGUUUCAGGUGAACCAAGGUUCCCGAGUCAUCUGUUUCUGGAACAGCGAAGCCCCCCGCCGCCGCCACCGCCCCCCACGCUUCUUAGCAGCACUCACCCAGUGCCCACCCCUAGCCCCUUACCGUUCACUCAGCCGGGACCAGCGUUUAGUCAGCAGGGACAGCAGCCCGUGUUCCCCAGAGAGAGGCCCGUCCGGCCGGCCCUCCAGCCGCCAGGUCCCGUGGGGAUCCUUCACUUCAGCCAGCCGGGCUCAGCGGCCACGCGGCCCUUCAUCCCUCCUCGACAGCCCUUCCUGCCCGGCCCGGGACAGCCGUUCCUGCCCGGCCACGCGCAGCCCAGCCUGCAGGGGCCCCUGCACCCCCCACUGCCCCCGCCGCACCAGCCGCAGCCCCAGCCCCCGCAGCAGCCCCCGCUCCAGCCGCAGCACCAGCCGCCGCUGCAGCCGCCCCCGCAGCACCAGCCGCCCCCGCAGCCGCCUCACCAGCCCCCGCACCAGCACCAGCACCACCUCUCCGUCCCGCCGCCGCCGCUCAUGCCCAUGGCGCAGCCCCAGUUCAGGCCUCACGUCCAGACGGCGCAGCCUCCGCCCGGCGGCGGCCGGAUGCAGUGCUCCCAGCGCCAGGGACUGCGGCAUAAUACAACUUCUCAGAAUGUGUCCAAACGGCCAAUGCAGCAAAUGCAGCCGGCUGCCCCGAGAAACAGUAACCUGCGGGAGCUGCCCAUCGCGCCGGCGCACGUCAUGGAGAUGAGCAGCAGCCGCUGCUCCUCCACGCCUGCGGCUCCAGGGAAGCCUGUCGCCAGCACGUCACCGCCCACGAGGCCGGGGGGCGGGCCCAGGAGCACACAGGGCAAGACCGAAGCCAAAGUCAAGCCAGUCAGCCCUGCGGUUCAGCCCAAAGAGGAGGCAAAAGCAGAACCAGAGUUCCCUGACGAAGACGAAGAAACGAGGCUGUAUCGCUUGAAGAUAGAAGAACAGAAGCGCCUGCGAGAAGAGAUCCUCAAGCAGAAGGAGCUGCGCCGGCAGCAGCAGGCGGGCGCGAGGAAGAAGGAGCUGCUCGAGAGGCUGGCCCAGCAGCAGCAGCUCCACCUGCCCCCCCCGGCCGCGGCCCAGCAGGAACAGCCCGCUGCCGCCCCGUCGCCCACCAACGGGAGCCCACUGUUACCCUUCCCAGGUGCACAGGUCAGACAAAAUGUGAAAAACAGACUUCUCGUGAAAAACCAGGAUGUCACUGUUUCAAAUGUUCAGCCCAAAACAUCCAAUUUUGUGCCGUCUGGUGCUAACAUGCAGUAUCAAGGACAACUGAUGAAACCGUUGAAACACUUGAGACAGGCCAGAACCGUACCUCAGAGUCCAGCUCAGCACAAAGUCCUGCAGGUCAAACCUGCGGACGGGGAGGGGCCGCCACCCCCCUCACAGACCGCUCGAGUGGCGUCCCUGCAGGGCCGGCCCCCGGACGCCAAGCCCGGCGCGAAAAGGACUGUCAUGCACCGGGCAAACAGCGGUGGCGGAGAUGGGCCGCACGUCAGCUCCAAGGUCAGGGUGAUUAAGUUGUCAGGCGGGGGAGGAGAGAGCGACGGCUUUUUUCACCCUGAGGGCCAGCCCCAGCGGCUCCCACAGCCCCCAGAAGUGAGACAGCAGCCCGCCCGCAAGGUGACGCUGACCAAGGGGGCCCUUCAGCAGCCCCAGCACCCGCCAGUGGGGUCCCACGUGCACUCGGCCGGCCCUCCGGGCAUCAAGAGCAUCCCGGGAGUUCAUCCGGCCAAGAAGGUCCUCAUGCACGGGAGAGGCCGAGGUGUGGCCGGAGCGAUGGGCCGGGGACGCCUGACGCCGAACAAGCAGAACCUCCGGGUGGUGGAGUGUAAGCCUCAGCCCUGCGUCGUGUCUGUCGAAGGGCUCUCCUCGUCCACGACUGACGUCCAGCUGAAGAGCCUGCUGACGUCAGUGGGUCCCAUUCAGAGUUUACAGAUGCUUCCCCAGCAACGGAAAGCCAUAGCUAAGUUCAAGGAACCAGCUCAUGCGUUAGCAUUUCAGCAGAAAUUCCACAGGCACAUGGUAGAUUUGUCCCACAUAAACGUGGCCCUGAUUGUUGAGUGACGUCUGGCCGGAGAUGCUGACCUGACACUGCCCACGCUGUGGGGUUUCUUCGAGGAAGUGGCAGCGCGGAGUCCCCGCGAGCGUAGGCCUCUCCGUCUGCAGCCUUGCGUGCCUGUUGUCCGGAGCGGCACACAGCCCAGUGUUGAUGCCAGCGCAGCUGGACUUGGGGACACGGCGGACUGGGGUUUGCUGUUAGACUGCUUCACGUUCUGUUGUCGGCACAGAGAACUACAGUUUCCGUUUGCUUUUGUUUUCCAAGUGCUCACAGUGCAUGUAGACAUCGUUCUUCGUGGUCGUACCGUGUGAUCGAUCACUUAGCUUCAGGAAGGGACAUUAACAUCACGGAUUCUUAAGUAGUUUUUCACAGCAAAGAAUACUUGAUAAUGGUUGCACUUAUCUUCAGUGCAGGCUAGACAGGUGUUUUCCCGGCCACGCGUAACUUGCGCUGUCUUCUCAGAAAGCCCUCCAAAGGCUCUUGGAAAAACGUAGAUUAAAACGCGGGUGGUUACGACCGACAGUUGCAUAUCCUGGACAGUGGGGUGUGCGGUGGCUGAAAGUGGCCCUGACUGUGGCAGGUGCUGCUUCCUGUGACGGCUCCAGAAGCGCCCGGUGUGUUCCCAGUGCCGGAGGGGACUCCCGCCCCUCUGCGCCCUUCCCAGUCAGGCAGUGGCCCUGGCAGGCCUCACUCCACCUCCCUGGGCCUCGAGAAGGUGCCCGUAGCGUGGCCACCUCGCGGCCCUUGUGGAGUCCCCUGUCAGGCGGGCGACAGUGCGUGUGUACCAUGCGAGGUGGAGGGCCGGCCCGGAGCUUGAACACCCGCUGGGGUUUUUUUUCCCUUGUUUUAAAUGCAUCCCGGAGGGGCUCGGUGACUCAGACGUUCUUUGGGAACCUGGUUGGUAUCGCAUUGAUGAACUUGUUUUGGGCCUUUUGAGCAGGGCUGCGCCAUCCUCCGCGGACUGGAGCGGGUCCCCCUCGUGCAGUGUGGCGCGAGGGACUGCCAGGCCCAAAGUGCAGUUGGCAUGUGUUUGUAGCACCCUGAACCCGCCUGAGGGGUUCCGGGUAGGUCCCUUCAGGCCAGACCCUUCCUUCCCGUAUAGCAGCCUUUAGUGAAGUUCAUCCUGGGCAGAUGUUUUAAAAAGUGCCUUAUUCAGUGUUUCUGCUCACAAAGGAGGCGCACUGUUGUGGGUUUAUUGUGGCGGGGACCUGGGCCGUCUGAGCCAGCACUCGGGGCCGGGCAGACUCUGGCCCGCUAGCUGUGUUCGCGCCAGAGACUGCCUCUCGGGCUGCUUAGUGGAGUUAGACGAGGUGGGAGCCCGCCUCCUCUCAGCCUUCUGGGGGCCCUGGGAGCCUGUGUCGUCCUGUUCCCCGGGGUGACAUUUCUAGUGUGUUUCUAGUUGAAGCUCCCCGAGCUGCGGGGGAGUGUUCAGACCCCGCGGGGCUCGCUGCGGCGCGGCUCCCGAAGCGGCAGUGCGUGGUAGCGGUCGGCCGGAAGAUGGUGCUGGUGGUUGGCGGCUGCUUUGCAGAAGGGCUGGUGCCAGGGGCGAGCAGACGGUCCUAGGAUGCCCUGGAACGCCCUCCAGCCGAGGGGCCCAGCCUCGCUGGUUCCCGGGGGCCCCAGCGAUGCCGUGGGAGGCGGUGUCGCGCCAGGGCCUCACCAGCCACCACGGGCUGUCCUGGCCACUCUGGGCACCGGCACAUACGGCAGAGCUGAGGUGGUUUCAAAGCGUAGUUGGUUUGGUUCAGUCCAGUGGGCGCUGUGUUGAGGUGAAGAGCUUGACGGCCUGGAAGCUGUCCUCGAGAGCGCGUGGGCCGCUGCCCCACACGGGGCCAUGGGCAGGCUCUCCGUCGGUGGACUUGCUUUAUCGCCCAGGACCACCUGAUGCUGUAAAACGGGGUAGUCUGGGUGCUCUGGGCCUUGACGCCGAAGGGCUGCGCGUUGUCUCUGGAGAGUCGGCCCAGAAACGCACCUCCUCGUUGGUGCUGGUCCGCUCGUCAGUCCUACGCGGCCUCCCCCCUUGAAGACAGACCUUGCGGCGACUUUCAGGUCUGCUUCUGGCGUUGUCUCAGUAGGACACGGGUGUCCGGGACGUGUGUGUCCUCUAACCGUCUGCACACACGGAGGCUUCCUCUUGCUGUGCCGCUCUUGAAAGCCUCGGGCCAAGGGGUGAGAAGGCUUAGCGCCACCGCCUCCCUGCGCCCGGGCACUGCCCCGGAGCAAAGCCUAGUUUCCUCGAAGGGGACUGCCGGAAAGGGAGGGAGCAGAGUUAGAAAGUAACGUUAUUGCCGUGGUCGUGGUCGGCGUGCUUUCCGCAGUGAAAUCAGAGCACUGUCAGCUGAGCCCUCUUAGAAGAUCUGUUGCAACCAUUAUCUUUGUUCUUUCUUUAUCAUGCAUUUAAAAUGAAACGCAGAAGCAUUUAACAGACUGUGUAAAUACGGACCUUUUAAAAUUAAAAUGUUAAUUGGAAAUGCUUUAAUUCAGCAACAAUCUUAGCUCUUUGUUAGUUCUUUUGUGUUGUCGUAUGGAGUUGAGCGGACGCAGUCCAUGACUGUUGAUGUGUUUGUGUGUAUAUUCGAUUUUUAUAAAGAUGGUAGUAAGUCAA